AUGGCUAUGACCGCGGUUUUCACUGCAGCGAGCUUAGUCUUUGGACUGCUGGCUGAUCGGGAGUUUGUGGACAGACGGCUUCUCCUUGCAAGCGGCAUUGGCUUCUGGUCACUGGCCACGGCCUUGGGUGGCCUCGCACAAAAUCUCACUCAACUGGUGCUCUUCCGUGCUUUGGUGGGCGUGGGGGAAGCUUCUUUUGCGACCGUGGCGUCGCCGAUGAUUGCCGACUUUUACCCGGGUCCCCAGCGCAAUCGAGCCUACACGAUCUUCAGUCUCAGCGCACCGGUUGGGGCCGCUCUGGGGUUCGGUGUCGGCUCGACGCUGGGACAGAACUUGGGCUGGCGCACUGCCUUCUUCGCCUGCGGCGUUCCAGGAAUACUCGUGGCCACCUCCGUGCUCUUCCUGAACGAUCCUCCCUUGGGCAUCAACGACGAGAUCGAGGACCCCACGCACCCGGAGGAGUCGACGGAAGAAGACUCUGAGCAGUCAAAGGGGCAGCCCCUGGAUUGCGCCUUUCUGCGAGAGGUCCGAGAUCUCUUGAGCAACCCUUUCUUCCUCUCCGCCACCUUAGGCACUGUGGCUAUCUCCUUUGCACUGGGAGGCCUCACUGAAUGGUACCCGACCUUCUUGGUGCGCUACUCCGAGCUCUCGCAAGAAGAGAGUGGCCUGGUACUCAGCGGCAGCUCUGUCCUGAGCGGUAUCGGUGGGACCAUCCUUGGCUCCAAGGUCGUCGACAGUGCCGCCCGCCGCUUUCGGAUGGGCAGCAGUUCCUACUUUUUGGUGCCGGCGUGCUUCAUGCUGCCAAGCGCGAUGCUCAUCGCAGUGGCCGUGAACCACUUGCAGACAUGGUCUCUGGUGGUGUGUCUUAUCUUGGGUGAGAUGUUCUUCUUCUGCUACCAGGCACCUAUCGCCGCGCUCUCGAUGUCGGUGAUUCCUGUCCACAGCCGUGCGAGGGGGUCGAGCUUGCAGAUUUUAUUGGGCCAUGUCCUUGGUGACGUGAUCAGCCCACCCAUCAUCGGCUUCAUCUCUGAUGCCAUGAACCUUAAGUUGGGCUUGCAAGUCACUUGGGUAGCUGUAAUCAUGGCGGGCCUGUCAUGGUUUGCGGGCUAUUUCUGCUUGGAGAAACCACCGAUAAAGGUCGUGCCAAAGCAACAGACGGAUUCCGGCACGAUCUCCUACAUCCUUCGGACGGGGAGGGAGUCCGUCUGCGGCUGCGAAUCCGACUCAAGCUCUCAAUCUUCAUAA